CACUCCAUUAUCCAGAAAUAUAAUCAUUAUAUAUAACAGAAAAUACAGACAUGAGGACUUUGGCCUUCACAGUUUCUUGUCUGCUGUUGGCGUCCCUUUUGCUUGGAACUUUAGCUGAGCAAUGUAGAAGCCAAGCUGAUGGUGCCUGCCCAGGAGGCUGCCAACGCCAAUGUGGCGGUGGAGUUGGCUUCGGAGACAUUGGUAGUAUCAUCUCAAAAUCAACGUUUGAGGAGUUUCUCAAACAUAGAAAUAAUGGUGCUUGCCCUGCCAAUGGAUUCUAUACCUAUGAGGCUUUUAUCACAGCAGCCAACGAUUUUCCUGCCUUCGGCAGCACCGGAGAUGGUGAUACGCGUAAAAGGGAGAUUGCCGCAUUCUUUGGCCAGACAUCUCAUGAAACUACAGGAGGGUGGCCAACUGCACCCGAUGGACCAUAUGCUUGGGGAUAUUGUUUUAAGGAGGAAAUAAAUAAACAGGAUUACUGUUCUCCAAGUACCGAUUAUCCUUGUGCUCCUGGCAAGCAGUAUUACGGUAGAGGUCCCAUCCAACUUACGUGGAAUUAUAAUUAUGGUCAGUGUGGGCGUGCCUUAGGAUUAGACCUAUUGAAUAAUCCAGAUCUCGUGGCGACAGAUGCAGUCAUUUCCUUCAAGGCAGCAAUUUGGUUCUGGAUGACACCACAACCUCCAAAGCCCUCUUGCCACGACGUCAUUACAGGACAAUGGUCACCGUCCAACGAUGAUAUUUCAGCCGGCAGACUUCCAGGUUAUGGUGUAGUAACAAAUAUUAUCAAUGGUGGCCUUGAAUGCGGUAUUGGCCAAGAUACUAGGGUUGAAAAUCGUAUCGGAUUCUACAAGAGAUACUGUGAUAUAUUUGGAAUUGGCUAUGGUGACAAUCUUGACUGCUACAUUCAAAAGCCAUUUGGAAAUGGGCUUAGGGACUUGGUAGAUGCAAUAUAAUUAAUUUACAUGUUACACUAUUUCCUUUGAUGGAUGCAAAGGAAGGAAUAAAUAAAUAAAUAAACAUCUGCUUUUGACUUUUGUAA